AACACAGUGAGGCUGUAGUAGGUUUAAUUUCUAACGAGGAAUAAGCACCAGAAAAUCCAUGGCGGGCCUCACUCCGUUCACAAGAAGAUAUAUGCAGCAACUACCUUUCCUCAUCCUUUUGAACCUGGCUGGGUUAUACUUUUCAGCAGCUCUUCCACCAACUAAAGCUCCAAUUUUUGGUAAGCCGUUUGUGGUCAUUUGGAAUGCUCCCAUCGACAAAUGCGAUAAACUGCAGAUCCCCCUGGACUUUGGUGUGUUUCAUGCCAUCACCACACCUCAGCAGGUGCCUGACCAAGUCCUGACCCUCAUGUAUAGUAGCAGAUUGGGGCUUUUUCCUUAUAUUGACCUCUACAAUUUCACACAGUACAAUGGUGGCAUUCCACAAAAGGGAAACUUAACUGCCAGUCUGCAGAAAGCUAAAAAAGAGUUCAACCAGUACAUUCCAUCAUCUGCACCUGGCCUGGCUGUCCUUGACUGGGAGGAGUGGUUUCCUUUGUUUGAUCGAAAUGCAGACUUAAGAGAGAUCUAUAAGGCAGUGUCCAUAAACUACACCCUUCAGCAGAAUCCCUCCCUUACAAGCAACCAAGCUACAUUUAUAGCCAAAGAGCAAUUUGAGAAAGCUGCCAGAAGUUUCUUGGAAGAAACAUUGCAGUUAGGAAUCUCACAAAGACCAAAUAUUCUCUGGGGCUUUUAUUUGUUCCCUGACUGCUACAACUACGAUUUUUUGAACCCAAACUACACAGGAAAAUGUCCUCAGAGUGCAAAUAUAUUAAAUGACAAACUUCAUUGGUUGUGGCAGGCAAGUACUGCAUUCUUUCCAUCAGCAUACAUGCCACUUUCUGUAAGUAAAACCCAGAAAGCAGCUCUGUUUGUUCGACACAAGGUGCUAGAAGCAAUGAGAGUGGCAGAGUCGUCACACCGGCCCUACAUUGCUCCCAUUUAUUUGUAUCUGCAACUCCUUUUGCGGGAUCAAAAGGGCAUGUACAAGUCAGAGGCUGACCUGAUUCGGAGUAUUGGCGAGAGUGCAGCUCUGGGAGCCGCUGGAUGUUUACUGUGGGGCUCUAGCUAUUAUUUUAAAGACAAGGAAUCAUGCGCAUCCCUUUCUACAUACUUGUCUAACACAGUAAAUAAGUAUGUUGUCAAUGUUACAACUGCAGCUGAACUGUGCAGUGACGUGCUGUGUCAAGGUAAUGGCCGAUGUGUCCGUCAAAGCUAUGAUUCAGAUGACUACCUACACCUCAACAUAAACAGCUUUGUUAUAGAGAAGAUUGAUGGAAUGUAUAAAGUCUUUGGGCAACUUUCCAAUAAUGACCUCAUCGACUGGGCUAACAAGUUCACCUGUCAGUGCUAUGAGGACAGAAAAUGCAUGGCUUAAUUUGAAUGUUUUAUCCAGCAAGAGUAUCAUUCAUAAAAUUAAUGACAAUUGACAUUGUUCUACACUGCAAAACUUUGCUGUUUGAUUAUAACUUCUCUUCAGAUGAUUAAUAUAAGAAAACCUUUCAGAACAUUCCUUUCUACCAUUUAUAUAUAUUUACACAAGUUUCUUAUUUCUUGGUACUGUGUUGCUUGAACAAGUAAAAGCUC